GUACUAAAAUGCGCGGACGGUGCGAUUGAUCACCAGCGCGCCUUGUGAAUUUCGUUGUCAUCUUCCUAGGCGAAGCAAAACCCUAAUACAUUUCUCCCUCUUUGUAUUUUGGUUUGCGUUUUUGAAGUUUGCAUGAGAAAUUCACAUUUUCAUUGGAAUUUCUGAAAGGCUUGGUUGAAUAAAGUCCACAAAAUCCAAAGGAAUUUGCUUCUUCUUCUUCUUUUUUUCCCCCUUGAAUAAUAGCUGUGCAGAAUGGUUCAGAUCAAGGAAUUUCGAAUAGUCAUGCCUAUGUCGUUAGAAGAGUAUCAAAUAGCUCAAAUGUACAUGGUUCUAAAAAUGCAACAGCAGACUACCACAAGUGAUGAAGGGGUAGAGGUCUUGGAGAACAGAUCUUUUCAAGAUAAUGCAUUGGGAAAGGGACAGUACACAUCAAAAGUUUAUCGUCUUCAAAGCAAAGUUCCUGCUUGGCUUACUACUUUUGCACCUGCAGAUGCUCUCACCAUGCAAGAGGAAGCAUGGAAUGCAUACCCAAGGUGCAAAACAGUAAUCAAGUGCCCAUACUUUAACAAGUUCUGUUUAACCAUUGACACUGUUCAUAAAGCUGACAAUGGACAGUCAGAAAAUGUGCAUGGUCUAAACAAAGAACAACUAGCAGCAAGGCAGGUAGAAGUUAUUGAUAUAGCUUCAGCUGCAAGAGACUAUUGGAGUUAUGUAGUUGGAGGAAAUAGUGUGGAUUUCUCCAAAUUCAGAUCAGCAAAAACUGGGCGUGGUCCACUUUUGGAAGGAUGGCAGAGCUGUGAUCCAGUUAUGACAGCAUACAAAUUAGUAACAGUAGAUGCACCAUAUUGGGGCUUCGGUAAUCGACUAGAACAAGCUUUUCUAGCGGGUGAAAGGGCACUUUUCCUAGAGAGUCAUCGGAAUUGUUUUGGUUGGAUAGAUGAGUGGUUUGGGAUGACAGUGCAACAAUUACGUGAACUUGAAGAACAAACGAAUUCCUCAUUAGAUGUGAAAACAAGUACAGAAGAUUUGGACAGAAGAUGGGCAUGUGACAAAGAAGAAGAAGUGUAUGUGAAGAAGCCCCAGCUUAAACUCUGAGCAGCAAGGGUUGGUGAAUGAUUCCACUUUUACCAAUGCACCCACAAAUCAGCUUCUUUUUUAACAUUUGGAUAUUCAUCUGAUUUAAUUACUUUCUACCUACAGAAAAUCAUUCAUAAUUUUAUUCAUAGGUUUUUAUUGUAACAUAUGAAAUGAUACAUUGUUUAUUCAAGAUUUACUCAUGAGAUUCUGUCCCCACAA